GUUUGGACGUUACAGCUCCUGACAGACAGAGCGCUACAGACUACACGGCUGCUGCUGCUGAUGUAAAAGUUAGGAGAACUCCGGUGUCGUUUAUUUUAUUCCGUCCGUACGUAAUUAAACACACAUAUCGGGUUUGAACACAGGUGUUUUGACAGAAGUGUCAGCGGAGGAGUCGCAACACUUUAACGAGGUUUUUUUUUCCUUCUUCUUCUUCUCUCCCUUCACAUUUUUUCAAGCCACAUCCAUAAAGGGUCAGCAUGGCCCAGUGGAACCAGUUGCAGCAGUUGGAGACGCGCUACCUGGAGCAGCUGUACCAUCUGUACAGUGACAGCUUCCCUAUGGAGCUCCGCCAGUUUCUUGCCCCCUGGAUCGAGAGUCAGGACUGGGCGUAUGCAGCCAAUAAGGAGUCUCACGCCACGCUGGUGUUUCAUAACCUGUUGGGAGAGAUCGACCAGCAGUACAGCCGCUUCCUGCAGGAGAACAACGUCCUUUACCAGCACAACCUGAGACGCAUCAAGCAGCACCUGCAGAGCAAGUACCUGGAGAAGCCCAUGGAGAUCGCUCGCAUCGUCGCACGCUGUCUGUGGGAGGAGCAGAGACUGCUGCAGACCGCCACCACUGCUCAGCAAGAUGGCCAGGCCGCUCAGCACAGCGGGACAGUGGUGACGGAGAAACAGCAGCUCCUGGAGCACAGACUGCAGGACAUCAGGAAGAAAGUGCAGGAUAUGGAGCAGAAAAUGAAGAUGCUGGAGAACCUGCAGGAUGACUUUGAUUUCAACUACAAGACUCUGAAGAGCGCAGGAGAGCUGUCCCAGGACCUGAAUGGGAACAGCCAGGCUGCAGCCACCAGACAGAAGAUGGCCCAGCUGGAGCAGAUGCUGAGCGCCCUGGAUCAGCUCAGGAGGCAAAUCGUGGCUGAUAUGGCAGGGCUGCUGCAGGCCAUGGACUUUGUGCAGAAGAAUCUGACUGAUGAAGAGCUUGCUGAUUGGAAGAGGAGACAGCAGAUCGCCUGCAUCGGAGGACCUCCCAACAUUUGCCUGGACCGGCUAGAGACAUGGAUCACGUCAUUGGCCGAGUCUCAGCUACAGAUCAGGCAGCAGAUAAAGAAACUGGAGGAGCUCCAGCAGAAAGUCUCGUAUAAAGGAGAUCCCAUAGUUCAGCACCGCCCUGCCCUGGAGGAAAAGAUUGUAGACCUCUUCCGCAAUCUCAUGAAGAGUGCGUUUGUGGUUGAGAGACAGCCCUGUAUGCCAAUGCAUCCCGACAGACCUCUGGUCAUAAAGACAGGAGUUCAGUUCACCAAUAAAGUUCGGUUACUGGUGAAAUUCCCAGAACUAAAUUACCAGCUGAAAAUCAAAGUUUGCAUCGACAAGGAGUCUGGAGAUGUUGCAGCCAUUCGAGGGUCACGCAAGUUCAACAUCCUGGGCACGAACACCAAAGUGAUGAACAUGGAGGAGUCCAACAAUGGCAGCCUGUCCGCUGAAUUCAAACACCUGACUCUGCGAGAACAGAGGUGUGGCAACGGUGGCCGAACCAACAGCGAUGCCUCUCUGAUAGUCACCGAAGAGCUUCAUCUGAUCACCUUUGAGACAGAGGUUUACCACCAGGGCCUUAAAAUCGACCUUGAGACACACUCUCUCCCUGUUGUAGUCAUUUCUAAUAUCUGCCAGAUGCCCAACGCCUGGGCGUCCAUUCUGUGGUACAACAUGCUGACUAACCAUCCCAAGAAUGUGAAUUUCUUCACGAAGCCUCCAGUGGGUACAUGGGAUCAGGUGGCUGAAGUUCUGAGCUGGCAGUUUUCCUCCACAACCAAGAGAGGCCUGACUAUUGAGCAACUCACCACACUGGCUGAGAAACUGCUUGGGCCUUGUGUGAACUACUCCGGUUGCCAGAUCACUUGGGCCAAGUUUUGCAAAGAGAACAUGGCAGGAAAAGGGUUCUCAUUCUGGGUUUGGUUGGAUAACAUCAUUGACUUGGUGAAGAAGUACAUCCUAGCUCUGUGGAAUGAGGGAUAUAUCAUGGGCUUCAUCAGUAAGGAGAGGGAGAGGGCCAUCUUGAGCCCAAAGCCUCCUGGGACAUUUCUGCUGCGUUUCAGUGAGAGCAGUAAGGAGGGAGGCAUCACAUUCACCUGGGUGGAAAAAGACAUCAGUGGUAAGACACAGAUCCAGUCAGUUGAGCCGUACACUAAGCAGCAGCUGAACAGCAUGUCCUUCGCCGAAAUCAUCAUGGGCUACAAGAUCAUGGACGCCACAAACAUCCUGGUGUCUCCACUCGUCUACCUUUUCCCCGACAUCCCUAAAGAGGAGGCCUUCGGGAAGUACUGCCGGCCAGAAGCCCAGCCUGAUGCGGAAAACGGGGAUUUCACCGGAUGUAUCACUCAGCCGUACCUGAAGACUAAGUUCAUCUGCGUCACCCCGUGUCCUUCCAUCUUCAUGGACCUUCCGGACAGCGAACUGCUGGCUAACGGCUUCCCUGGGACUAACUCGGGUAACACGAGCGACCUGUUCCCCAUGUCUCCUCGCACUCUCGACUCUCUGAUGCACAAUGAGGCUGAGGCCAACCCUGGACCUCUCGAAUCCCUCACUCUGGACAUGGACAUGAACACGGAUGUGGCCUCGCCCAUGUGAGAGACGGGCUCAUGCAGAUCAACCCGAGCCGCAUUUAGCCUUUCACUUCUAGCCGUUUCUGCCGUAUGGAGAGGGAGAGAGGGCGGCGCGGACGUCCCGGUUUCUCUUUACACGUCGCUCUCAGAUAGGUGCUACUCUUUUGCACCGUUAACUCUCUUCACUAGACCUUGUACUCGUCACAUGUUCCUCUGAACUCUCCUAACACUUUUAAACGUUUCCUAACUU